AUGGAGGCCAGGCUGCUGAGCGCCAUCCUGGGCGUCGUCCUGGUGCAGGCGGAGACCGCAGUGCAGAGCUUGGACCUGCCGAGGCUUGCAGGGUUCUGGAGGGAGGUCGGCGUGGCCUCCAAACAACACCUGGCACUGACAACCCCCAAGAGGCUGGAGGCCCUGUUCCUGACCCUGCAUGAGGCUGAGCUGACAGUGAGGGCUGCAUACAGCAGCCUGGGCAGCUGCGAGACGGAGAACAUCGUGGGCUCGGAAGUAAACGUUUCGGGGAAGUUCGUUUUCCCUGGCCGCCGGGAAAUCCGAGUGAUCGACACGGACUACGAGCGCUAUGCCAUCUUGCGGCUGUCCCUCGCCUGGCGGGGGGAGGACGUUCAUGUGCUCAAGUACUUCGCGCGAAGCCUGGAGGAGGACUAUGAACCAGGCCUCUGGAAGUUCCGGGAGCUGGCAGCAGACACCGGGCUGUUCCUGGUGGCCCGGCACGGGCAGUGCGCCAAGCUCCUGAAGCAGGUGAGCCUUCACUGAGGCCCCGCUGAGCCCC